UGUCAGCUCACCUCCAAAUUGACUUAAACAACACCAGCAGAACGACUUUCAGACAACAUUCUUCAGCUGGAAUAUUCCAAGGUGCCAAACAACAUGCCGCCCCCGACGCAACCUCUCACUAGCAUCACACUUCGUGGUUAUCGAAGGCGCCAGGUUGCAGAGCAGCUUCUCAAAUUUCACACGGCAAAUGAUCCGUUAGCACCGCAAUCGUCACCAAACGCACGUGUUAUUCGGAUAGUCUGCGUGUCCGAUACCCACAAUACUCGUCCCAAGCUUCCUCCCGGAGACAUUCUUAUCCAUUCCGGUGAUCUGACCGAGAACGGUUCUUUCGACGAGGUACAGGCUGGCUUAACUUGGCUUUCUUCUCAGCCAUUUCGGUACAAGGUCUUCAUUGCCGGAAAUCACGACGUCCUACUUGACGAAGCGUUUCUUGCUAAAUACCCGGAGCGACGCUAUGGACAGGCCCAAACGAAGGAGGACCUUGACUGGGGGAGCGUGAUCUACCUCCAAGACUCGAGCGUAACUCUCGAGUUACCCUUAGACGAAGGAAACCAGGAGCUGCAUAUUGGCGGCGACAGAACUCUUGGCAACAAGAUUGAGCCCAGAAGUCUGACAAUCUUUGGCAGCCCCUGGACGCCGCAGUAUGGCAUCUCUGCCUUCCAAUAUCAUCCAAGCGAUCACUCUCAUUGGAGUACAAGACUCGCAUCUCUGGAUCCAACGCCAAAUAUUAUCAUCACGCACGGCCCACCACGAUUUCACCUAGAUAGGCGGGACUUUCACCGAGCAGGGUGCGCAUAUCUUGGUGAAGAAAUUGCCCGUAUUCGACCUCGACUUGUUGUUUUUGGCCACAUCCAUGCGUCAUACGGACGUGAAGAUGUAGUGCUAGAUGGCGCGCAGAGAGCUUAUGAAGAGGUGAUGACUGGUUGGGCUGGUUGGGGGACAGUUACUUGGUUAGCAGCUUUGGUAGUGUGGGCAAAGUUGAAAUGGUUGUUGCGCGGAAUGGUGCGAGGCAAAGAGAGGGUCACAACAUUUGCCAAUGCGUCCGUUGUUGGUGGGCCAAACAAUGAGCUUCGGAACAAGCCGAUUGUAAUCGAACUCUAAAUGUACUGUACCUAAUGAACUCAGACGGUGCUCACGAACAACUUUUAGCGCGAAGAGCUCGCGCUCGCUGUUGCCAUCAAAUCUCACGCCUACAACGCAUCCCUCGACCCCUGCCAAUGGUCUGGGCCCCAUUUGAUUUGUUUGGGUAGGUUUGGGUAAGGAUUCGGCCCAUAGGCAGGGAGAGGGUCGCCUUUGAGAGGCUCGUCGGAC